GGCACAUCAUGUAUGUCAACAUUGACAUUUUCUCAUUUUUCUGGUGUAUGUCAGUUCAUAAAGACCUUAAUAAAUUCAAAACUGUUGAGUGCUAAAGAGAUUGCUAAUGAGCUCGAUUGUCAGCUCAACAAAUAGUGCCCAAGAUUUUGCUUGAUGAGGUUAGUGAUUGUUAUUAAUUUUGCUACCAAUAUGUGGCCACCAGGUUGCCGACUAUUCCUGCAAGAGAAGCAGAGUCCAUAAAAACGCAUGUCAGGCAUCAAUCUUUUAAGAAAUUCAGGUGGAGGUGGCUGGCAAUGCGAAAAAACUGGUUUGAGGUUGUGGACCUAGUGGUCCUAUAGCUGGGUUGAUUCAGGUACCAGAAAAGACUGGAAGGUAAUAAGUGGUGCACGGAAGCAUACAGCCUAAUAGUGAGUUAAGACUGACAGUUUGGUGAAGCUCAAAGGGGACCAUCUGGGAGGGCACUCACCUCACAAAACUAGGGGGCCUUCAAAUAAUGUUUUUGGUGAGAAAAAAAAAGAAUAUCUUGAAUACAAAAGGAUAUGAUUGCAAGUUGCACCUACUGUCCAUGCAAGAAUUCAAAUCCUGACAAUAAUUUAAAGACCUUUUUUUAAAGACAUGACAUGACAAAGUACUAUUAGCAGUUCUAGUCGCUAAGAAGAAGCACAGUGAGAGAGAUAAAGAGAUGCAGAAACAGUUUUUCUAGUGGAAGACACUACUAAUCAAAGACGAUCAUAAUGAUGAUGCCUGGAACUUUCAGGCUAAGUUUGCAUAGCCUAGCAACAAUUAUAGUCGCCAUUUUUGUUGUGGUUGCUGUUUAUAAGAUUGGCGAAAGUAAACGGCCAUUCUUUGAAGGUGUCAGUACAAUGAGAAGAACCAAGACGAAGAGUUACAAUAAGACGACAUUGCCGUUAAGUUGUGAUCUUUUUUCAGGUAAAUGGGUUUACGAUAAUUCGACAAAUCCUUUGUAUUCUUGGAAGGAGUGCUCAUUCUUGCUUGAUGCGUUUGCCUGUGAGAAGUUUGGAAGAAAGGAUUUAAGCUAUCAGAAAUGGAGAUGGCAACCCAACCAGUGUGACUUACCAAGGUUCAAUGCCACAGCAUUCCUAGAGAAAUUGAGAGGCAAAAGGAUGGUCUAUGUUGGAGAUUCAAUCAACACAAAUCAGUUCUUUUCUAUGGUUUGUAUGGUGGAAUCCGUAAUUCCAUCAACACUCAAAUCUAUACACAACAAUGGAUCUCUUGUCACCUUUAAAGCCAUUGAAUUCAAUGCAACCAUUGAGUUUUACUGGGCACCAUUGAUGCUCGAAUCAAAUUCGGAUAAUCCGGUGUUCCAUCGAGUUCCACAUCGAAUAGUUAGAGCUGGAGCUAUUGAAAAACACGCGAUUCAUUGGUCUGAUGCUGAUAUACUUGUCUUUGAUUCCUACCUUUGGUGGAGAGUACCAGAGCUGCAAGUCUUAUAUGGAUCCUUUGAAAAACCAAAUGAAGGAGUUUACAAAGAUUUAGGAAUGGUGGGUAACUUUGAAAUGGCUAUGAAAACAUGGUCCGAUUGGAUUGAAAAUCAUAUCAACCGUACAAGGACACAAUUGUUUUUCAACAGCAUGGCACCAACACAUUACUGGGCAGGUGAAUGGGGAACGAACAGAGAGGGAAAUUGUUACAACGAAACAGAACCGAUAUUUCAAGAACAUUACUGGGGUCUAGGGACAAAUCCAGACAUUUUGAAAGCUAUGGAGAGUACAGUUAAUGAAUUGAAAGUUAGAGGCGUUGAUGUGAAAAUACUGAAUAUUACGCAGCUAUCAGAAUACAGAAAAGAAGCACAUACUUCUAUUUACAAAAGAAUGUGGGAUACUUUAGCUCCAGAACAAAUAGCAAACCCUGCUAGUUAUGCUGAUUGCAUGCAUUGGUGCCUCCCUGGAGUCCCUGAUACUUGGAAUGAGCUCCUUUAUGCUUACAUACUGCCCUGAUGAGUAUGUAAGCUGUCUAUCUUUGUGAAAGGUUCGAUAACUGCUUGGGACUCUGGAGCUUGCCAGAACUUUUGGAAGACUGAAGGGUGCACGUCCAUCUUUGCGGUAAUCAGAGAGCUGGGUGAUGUUGAGAACAGAAACUUUUGAGCUCGGCCUGGAUAGAAUUGUGUCCACCAUUAGCAUUGUGAGUAAAUUUGAACCGAUUCUCCAGUAAGUUUCCAUGCUUAUGGGUGUCCUCUGCUGGUAACAGUUGCCUUCUGUCACUGGUUCCCACUCUCAGCACAUGAAUUACAUGCUCAGGUAAGCAGUGCAUAUUUAUUAGCCAAAAACAAUUGUACAUGUAGAAAUGUAAAACUAGAUGAUGAAAAUAUACAAAGUUAACCCACCAAUUGUUUUAGACACGCUCGAAAUAUACUUUAGCAAUGUAUGAAGCCGGUUGUGAUGAUCCCGUUAAGUAUUUGCCAAUCGUUGAUGUCUG